AUGGAAGCCAAUGCUUUGAUUGCUAGAGCCAACAAUGCCAGCACUAAUAAUUUCAGCAACAGUAGCUGCAAAUUCUGGAAAUUCGAUUGGCACACGCCAGUGAAACCCAGAUCCAGUGGAACAGCGACCGCUGAAAAACCGGACGGAAACGAUAACAACGAUGAAGAUUUGUACAACUUCAAGUAUAAAACAUGGCUUGCAAGUGAGCACGCGGCCUGGGACACUUUGAGUGCGACCCCCAACGAAACUAUCGAUCUGUCGUUGUUUGAUAGGACAAAACAACAGCGCCAGCCUACUCAACAAACCAAUAAUAAUAUCGGUGCUCCAGCAACAAACACUCAAAAUCCUGCUGAGCCCGGACUAUCAGCAGAUGAUAUAAGGGGUGCUGUGGGCGGCCAGGAAUCUCUUCCUGGCUUCAACACUUCUCAACCAUCGCAGGAAAAAUCCCAAGAUCAAGAUAAAGUACGAGAGCAAAACGCCGAAGUUGUAGAAAGCACAGAGACUACUGAACCUGGACCUCAAACAAAGCCUGACGCAAUUGAUGGAGAUUUGCCAAAGACAACAGAAACUAGCGAUGCUGAUGGCGAUAUUAAGUUGGAUUGA